AUGGAUAAUGAAGAAAUCAUUCAAGUCGAAGAUGUUCCUAUUAUUACUGAGGGAAUUUCUGAUAUAGAGGAAAUAGUUGGGGAUCAAACUUUGAAUGAGAGUAAUGAAACAGAAGAACAAGAAUUAUUAACUUAUUCAGAACAACAACGUCUUAUGCUUGGAGCGAUUAGUCACAAUGCAUUACAAAGGCUUGAUACUCUAAGGAAAAAAGUGAUUGAGCAAACAUCUGAAAUACAAAACUAUCAACAAAAACUAUCAACUAAAGACAUUGAGAUAAAGAUCCUUCAAGAAAAACUUGAUAAUUCCAACAAUGAACUUAUUAAAGUCAAAGCAGAUCAUGAUAAUAAUAAUAUUGAAUAUAAUCAAAAGAAGGAAGAAUUUAUUGUUUCGUUAAAUCAAAAAAACGAAGAAAUAAUAUCUUAUAAGAAGGAGAGAGAGGAGUUGACUGUUAAACAAAAUGAAUUACAAAAUUUAAUUACAAAUCAAGAAAUUGAGUUAAAAAAAUCAAAUGAAAAUAUAAUACAUUUGAAGGGUGCGGCGGAACAAACACAAAGUAACAAGGAUAAUAUUAAUACAACUUUACAAGAUCAGAUAAAUAAAUUAAAACAACAUAUAAUAGAAAUUACUAAUUCUAAAAAUAAAGAGAUUGAAAAUCUUAAGAAAGAAAAAGAUAAAUAUUAUAAUGAUUUUAAAGGUGUUGAAGCCAAAAUGAUAAAUUAUUCUUCCCAAGCCCAAAAGCAAAUUCAUAAACUUAAUGAAGAGAAAAAAGCAAUCACAAAUAAUGCUAAUACAGAAAAAAUCACAAUCAGAAACAAGUUUGAGGAAUUGAAAAAACAACUAUUAGAGUGUAAAAGGAAUGAAAUUUCAAACUUCCAGAAACAAUCUAAUGAAUUAGAACAAAAAUGCCUUCAAUAUGAAAAAGAUAUAGAAACACUUACCAACACAAACAAAGAUUUACAACAAAAAUAUGAUAAUUUACUUGGAGAAAUGAAUAAUAGAAUUACAACCGACCUUAUAAAUAAUUCGAUAUUAAAUACUCCUAAUCAACCUAGAACACUUGUGAGACACAUGAAUUAUCAAUCGGUCACCCCUGUUGGAUCAUUGACACCUGCACAAGGUCUCAAUUCUCCAAUUGCUAAUACACCUAGGAAUUUUGAUAUUACACUUGGACAUUCACCCAAUAUUCCAAAUCUUCUCAUUAAAGAUUUAACAUCUACUUCUAUCACUAAUGAGUCAGCAAGCAUUGAAAGUAUGAAACAGUCAUUAGAACGGCAAAAUAGAAAUACUAAUGCAAGGUUAGAACUAUUCAAUCAAUAUUCUAAAGAAAAAAACAAAAACAAGAAAUUAUCCGAGACAUUGGCCGAUCUCAACAAAAAACUCAAAGAAUACGUUCCCAAAGCUCAGGAAAGAAAAAAAGAGAUUACAAAAAUAGCUAAUGAGUGUAACAAUUUGUCAUCACAGCUUAACAUGAGAAAUGAAGAAAUUGGAUAUUUAAGUGAAGAGGUGCAAAAUCUUCAAUUUGAAAAAGACCAGCUUAGCGAACGACUAUUGCAACUAGAUGCUGUCAUGGAUCAUAACACAAGUCUAAUCAGAGUUGUUGAAAGUCUUAAACAAAGUGGUGGUUUAACCGGUUUACAAACUCCAACAAUGACGAUACCUUCCACUGAAUCUGAUACUUUACCACACGAUGUUCCGGAGUUGAUUCAAAUCUACACCAGAGUUAAAGCUGAACAACAAUGUCAUGUCAUCAAGAUUCAGAGACUUGAAAAUCAAGUUAAAGAUUUGGAACAAACUAAAGAGAAAUUAUUGGAUUCCAUUAAAUAUAUUAGAGGGGUGAACAUUCGUCUGAAAAGUCAAGCAUAUUUGUUAAGCGCAGAACUUGAAAAUGAAAGAAAAUUACAUGAUCUUAAAAAAGAAAAUUCGGAAUUAAAGAUGGAAUAUGAAAUAAUCAAAAGUGAAUUGAAGAAUAUCGGAAAAAAUUUAGAAGCAGCAAAUAAAGAGUUGUUUAGUUAUCGGCUUGAGAGAACAGAAUAUGAAUUCCAUAAAAAGUCAUUGGAAGAUAAUUACAAAAUUCUAGAAGCUCGAUUUAAUCUCAAAGAAGAAGAAUGUCGUAGUGUUAAGGAAGCAAAUAAUGAAAGAACAGUAAUGAGUGCUGAGCUUAAUAACGUGAAAUUUGAACUAGCUUCAGCCAAGGACAAAUUAUCUGAUUCACAACGAGAAUAUGUUAAAGAUUUGAAUGAAUUACAUGUUGCAAGAGAGAAAGCAGAAAAUUCAUACAAAGAGGCACAAACAUUGAAACAAGCUAAUCAAGAACUUGAAAACAAGUAUAACCAAACACAAGAGGAAUUAAAUAAAUCUCAAGCCGAAGUUGAAAAUCUUAAAGUGCAAUUAUCAGAAUUGGAUGAAAAACUUUCUAGUACUAAUAUUAAAUGGACAGAAGAAAACCAAAAAUUUGUAGAUUCUGCUAAACAAGCAAGUGGUAAAGUUGAUGAAUUACAAACUAGUAUUGAUGAAUUGAAGAAAAAAGUUGAGGAGCAAGCUGAUGAAUUGAAAAAAUCUCAAGAAAGAUUGACUGUUUAUGAACAAAGUGAGCAAGGAGAAUUCAUUACUAAAUUAAGGAAAGAAUUAGAUUCUGCUAAUGAAGUAAUAAGUGUAUCGAAUAAGACAACAGAUGAUCUUAAAAUUUCCCUUAAAACCCUUGAACUUGUUUCAACUAAUGCCAAAAAAGACUAUGAACAAACUAAAGCUACUCUAGAAAAAGAAAGAGUCGAAUUCCAGUCACGAUCAAAAGAUUUUGAUAGAAUGGAUGAAGAAAGUCAAAAAAUGAGAAGUGAACUUUCACAAAUUAAACGAGAGUUUACAGAAAUGACAAUGGAAAAGAAACAACUUGAAAAGGAACUGAAUGAUAUCAAAAAUAAAUUCGAAGAUGAUAUAAUACAAUAUCAAUCAGAAAUUCAAAAAAAAGAAGAUAUUUUGACAGAAUUACAAAACAAAUACAAUCAUGAAUUGCAAAUUCAUAUUAAAGAUUCUCAAAUGUUGAAUGAAGUUAGACAACAAUGCUCACAACUACAAUCUGAUAUUAAAAAGAUAACGAAUCAAAAGGAAACUUUAGAAUUGCUAUUGUCCCAAGAAAAAGAAAAUCUCAAUAGGGAAUUGACGGAGUCAAGGACCCGCUGUAAAGAUCUUGAAGAAAGUAACAGUGUCAUUCAGAGCUAUCUUGAUAAGGAAACUGACAUGUCAGAAGAUAAAGUGAUGCCAAUACUGAGAAAGGAGAAUGAAAGAUUAAUAGGUCAAAGAGAAUUCUAUCAACAAGAAGUUGAAAAAUAUAAAGCACUUCUUGAAUUGAAACAGAAGACUUUUGAUGAAUUGGAACAAACAUUAAAUAAAGAACGAGAGCAAAAAGAUUCUAUUGAUUUAGAGCAAUUGAAAUCUCAACUACUUGAGAAACAAAAUCAAAUAAAGAUACUUGAGGAAAGUAAUAGAAGUCUUAGAUCUGAUUAUGAUAAAAUGAAGAGCGAGGUUGAACGAUUGAAUAAGUCAAUAGAUGAUUCCAAUAAUGAUAAACUUAAAAUUGGGGGCGAGAAUGACAAAUUAAAAUUAGAAAUUGAAAAAUCUGGCAAAGAAUUAAAACGUUUAGAAGAUGAUAACGUUUGGUGGAAAGAUCGAUUCCAGAGAGUUUUAGAGAAACAUGGAAAACAAUCUGAAGAUACAAAAAAACAAUUUGAAGAUUCAAAAAAACAAUCUGAGGAUUCAAAAAAACAAUCCGAAGAUUCAAAAAAACAAUCCGAAGAGUUGAAAAAACAAAUAGAUGAAUUCAAGAAACAAAUAGAUGACUUGAAUAAAGAAAUUGCCAGACUUAAGGAAGCUGAUAAAAAUUUUCAAACUCUCAAAACACAGCAUGAAAGUUUAAAAGGUUAUGCACAAAAAUUGAAAACAGAAUUAUUAAGAUUAAAAACUCAAGAAACACUUUGGACCAAUAAAAAUAAAAAACUUGAGAAUGAAAUUGCUGAGUUGAAAAAGGCUCAAGCAACUACAUCGACUCCUAUACAGUCGCCUACUACUGAACCUACUAUCCAACCUACCGUUGAACCUACCGUUGAGCCUACUAUUGAACCUACUAUCCAACCUACCAUUGAACCUACCGUUGAACCUACCGUUGAACCUACUAUUGAACCUACUAUCCAACCUACAGAGACACCAAUUAAAACUCAGGAUGCACCUAAAUCUGAAGAAACAUAUAAACCACCAGUAAAAUUACAAAGACGGGGUCCUUUAGAGCUACCACCAUCUACUAGGAAAAUGAUAAAAGGCGAAUAUGAUCUUAUGAAUAAAUCAAUUUACGUAUUAAUUCAACUAUCAUAUCGAAAAUUUAUUUACAGAGAUGUUGUAUUGAAUAGAGUUGUAUUAUGCAAUGGUAAAGAAGAAAACUAG